ACUGUCUAAUAUGAAAGAGAACAUGACAUCAACAAACUAAUCUGGUCCAUGAUACAUAAAAUAAAAUAUGCGGUAACUGAUCCUGUCUGUCCCAGAAUACAAAGGGUAAACACUCCUCUCCUUGUUUCCAUGUCCUCUUGUGGGUUUUAUGUCAGCUUUAAUAUAAAUUGUUUAAUAAUUAAUGGUUUAGCAUCACCAUGUUUGCCACUGUCAGUUGGGCAGGAUGCAUAUCUCUGUAUGCUUCAAAUCUUCACUUUUGGUGAGCAGUUUUGAGGUGGAAUGGGACAUAUAGUUCAUAUUGAACUCAUUCUCUGGUUCUGAAAAUGGCUCUUGGUCAUUAAGUAUGAAAGCAUUCGUUUAUGACCCUGUGGCCACAGAGAUAUACCUAAAGAAUUAUAGUAUUGAAGCUAUCACAAUGUCUCAUGCUGUAGGGCACUGAUUUUGAUAACUAAGAAUCUAGGUGUGCAACUUUGAUUACAGGGUUCUAGCAGACUCAUUUUCAGUAUUUUUUUUAAUGACCGAGACCAAUUACAAAUGUUUUUUUUUGUUUUUUUUUUUUUCUCUACGUGUCCUUGCAAAGAAGACCUCUGUCGUGUUUGGCAUUUUUUCUCUGCAAAUACGCAUUAGUGGGCUAAAAUCCACCCUUCUGAUAACUGGCAAGUUGAUGCUGUGCCUAUCAGGGCUAACUGAAGCUGUGGCAGAACCGGUGCAAUUUGUGUUUUAUUCAGAUAAACACUGUGUGACAUUAUUAGCCUUAUGAUCUGCUCCUUCUGUCAAAGCCUAAUACGCUGCAGAUGGUUUUGCAUGUACAGUAACAAGAAUGUAACAUUAAUUUAAAUGUCACAAUUUGCCUUGUUUAGUGUAAAAGCCAUACACAGUUCUUACUAUUUUUGUUUUAAUUAUGCUGAACACAAGUCCUAUUUGUUGUAGUAAUGUUGCUAGUAGGUACAUUUAAUAAACCACAUAUUUAUGUUAGUGUUUGCAAUUAGGAACUAUAUAUUGUUUAACAUAUGGGAGUGAUGUUAAUCUAUGAUGCUGUAGUGAAAAGCGUUUUAGAAACUAGGUAAGCAAGACCAAAAUAGCUUAAAAUCUCCCUUCCCUUACUAUUGUCUGCUAUGCCAAUUGCAUACAAAGUGUGUGCACAGACAUUUACAGGUGAUAAUCACUCAGACAGAAAUGCUUGUUCAAGCACUUUCAAGUGACUGAAAUAGGAGUUGGGUUAAUUUAGGCAGUGUGGUGCUACAUGUCUGGGACUAAAAAUGCAGUAAUGGACUUGGCUGAAAUCUCCAUGUCCUUCAUCUUAAAGGGGUUGUUCACCUUCCAACACUUUUUUCAGUUCAGUUGGUUUCAGAUAGUUCACCAUAAAAUAUAGACUUCCCGGGGGCAUGGCCUACGAUGCUGAGCUGAGCAGACGUGUUCUCUCUUAGCUCCGUUCCCAGGGGGAACAUUUAAGCUAAUAUUGGCACAACCGGCUAGCAACCACGGGUGCUAUACGGCUACUCUUCAACUGAACGAUGCCCAGAACUGGGAAACACAAGAAACAAGCAGCUCCUAAGAGAUUUACACUCUCUCCGCCACCAUCCCCGCGGCAAACUGAGUCUCCUAAGAUGGUAAUUCCUCCUCACCUUUCUAUAGCACGCCGCGGUCCGACCAUGGAUCGGAAAAUAGUGAGGCAGUUCAGGAACCGCAAGGUGAGCUACAAUAUUCUGGGGACUCUAUCCUAAUCAAUAGAUUUAAACAGCUCCUACAUACGGAGCUAUGGGAGGUGGCGGACUCCAUUAUGCAACGAGUUUCGCGGGAAAUUAAAGACCUGGGCACUCUAACUGCAGCAAUUGAGGACAAAGUUGAGCUAGUGGCAGAAUCUUCCGCACCCGCAGACAUGAUAUCGGAGCUGCGACAGCAGUUACAGGGCCUACAAGACCGCAUGGAGGAUUCUGAAAACCGCUCCCGCAGGAAUAAUGCUCGCAUAAGGGGCCUGCCAGAUGCAACAACUAAUCUCCAGGAGGAGAUUCCUGCCUUACUCGCUGCACUUGUCCCUGAAAUCCCUCAGGACAAAUUAUUACUGGAUAGAGUCCAUCGGGCCCUGGGACCACGAUGGGAGGGCGGCCCCCCCGAAGGAUAUCAUUGCCCGCUUACACUUUUAUACAACCAAAGAGGAAAUCAUGCAAUCAGCGAGAGCCGCUCCUCAUCUGGAGUGUAACGGAGCUAAAUAUACCCUGUUUACGGAUCUAUCUGGGGUUACCAUUCAACGCAGAAGGGAAAUGAAACCAGUUACUGGAAUCCUCUUGGCCAAUCGUCUAAAAUACAGGUGGGGAUACCCAUUUCGUUUGACUUUUUCUUAUAACAACAAAUCUUUCUCUGUUUGCUCUGCGCAGGAAGGGCUUGAUGUGUUAGCAGAGUUAAAAUUGACCACAACGCCCAAUAACUCCCCCCGCUCCGCUGCCUCACACACCAGUGCAAGACGGGGCGCGAUCUCACCUCUGUGGCAAAGAUCCCCAAAGACAUGAUGCAAUCAGGAUUUCCACCACUGGCUUGUUUUUUCUCGGCACAUUCAUGCUUUCUUUAAGAUUUGAUUCAUGUUCCCCCUGGGGGAGCCCCCCCCCUGAGCUGAUACACAAUCUUCGGCCCACCCCCGCUAAUGCAGGGGCAUACAAUUGAAAUACCCUCCGAUAGAAGGUAUUUUUCUGAUGUUUGGUCUGUUCUGUUUUUGUUAUAUGUUAUGCUGUUUGAAAGUAUCAGAGGGAAUAAUUUUUUGGGGGAAUCCAACCCACGACCAAUUGACAGUUUAAAGCAACCUGAUAAAAUGGCACUAUGGCGCUGACGUGCGCAACACAUAACGUUAAGGGACUCAACUCUCCCAUCAAGAGGGCUAAGGCCUUCCGCCAAUACCACUCUAUGCACAUUGACAUUGUUUUUUUACAGGAGACACAUUUCUCCCGGGAUUCGGAACCCAAAUUCUUUCACAGGAUGUAUCCUCAAGUGUAUACAGCAAAUGCAGCAAAAAAACACUGCGGAGUGGCGAUAUGCUUCCACAAGAGGCUUAACAUCCAAAUACAAUCCUCGUUAGCGGAUAAACACGGGAGAUACUUAAUCCUAACGGGACUGUUACAAGACUCUGUAUUAACUCUGGCUGUGAUAUAUGGACCCAACGAACAACAAAAACCCUUUUUUCAAAAUUUUUUCACCCUCUUGGAAAAACAUCAGAGAGGUCAACUUAUAUUAGGUGGGGACUUCAAUGAGGUGGUGAACCCAGCUAUGGAUCGACAAGGGCCCCCCCCCCUGACCCAACAUAAACGGCAUACCCAUUAUCUCUCGCCACUAUUGCAACAGUAUGCCCUGGUAGACGCAUCCAUUUAAAAGGGACUUUACGUUCUUCUCCCAUCCCCAUAAAUCCUACUCAAGAUUGGACAUGAUCCUUCUUAACAAAUCCCUGGCUUCGGUCAUAGACCAUGCCUCAAUACAUGUUUUUCCUUGGUCGGACCACUCCAUUGUUAAGCUUCAACUCAGGAACAUCGCACCCAGACCACGGGAUUACACCUGGCGGUUAGACAACAUUCUCCUGUCCCAGAUGCAAAUUGCCUACCACAUUGGACAAGAAAUAAAGACUUAUUUCCAGCUAAAUAAAGCACACGAUAUUAAGAACUCUACUCUAUGGGCAGCCCACAAAGCCUAUGUUCAAGGACUGCUGAUCCAAUCCCAGGCAAGAAGAAGGAAGGCCAACAGAGAGAAAAUUUCCUUGCUGAUGUUACAACUCUCACAACUAGAGGCUGCCAACAAGACCAGGUCUACUACCAUGCUUAGUCGUGCAAUAGAUAAGUUGAGGACUGACUUGAACUUAUUAAUGACUGAGCAGGAAUUGAAAAAAUUGCAAUGGGUGAAGCAAAAAUAUUUUCAAAAGGCUAACAAGGCAGAUACAAUGCUUGCACGUAAACUAAUUUUGGCAAACAGGGUAAGCCUGUUCAUUAGUGAUCUGAUCCAUAAAGACCAGGCCGGGUUUAUUCCACAUAGGCAGGUGACCGAUAACAUCCGCAGGGUAAUCGACCCGGUUCACUUUAGCAAAACGAAAGGUACUCCUUCCAUGCUACUAUCGUUGGACCUGGAAAAGGCCUUCGAUACAGUCUCCUGGCGAUAUUUAGUCCAGACUAUCCAAUCAUAUAGCUUCCCACCUGAAUUUCUUAACAUCAUCAAAGCCCUAUAUCACAAUCCCAGAGAACGUGUACAACAUUUAGGCUUUCUAUUCGGGACAUUCCAAAUUAAGAGGGGCACCCGUCAGGGGUGUCCUCUCUCCCCUCUUUUGUUUGCCCUUAUUAUUGAACCCCUGGCAAUUCACAUUUGGCAACAUGCUGACAUUCAUGGUCUCCAGAUAGGUGAUUUUCAUCACAAAUGUGUCCUAUAUGCUGAUGAUUUAUUAAUGUUGGCUUCCAAACCCAUGACAUCUCUCCCAAAUUUAUAUAAAUUACUGAGUUUGGCUCGGUCUCCGGUCUGAAGGUUAACUCCCAAAAAUCCGAAGCACUGAACAUUAAUCUCCCUCCUCAUACUCGGAAGCUGCUGGAGAUAAACUUUGGAUUUCAAUGGCAACCCAAAAGCAUUAAAUAUUUGGGGGUCCAGAUUACUCCAGAAUAUAGCAGUCUAUCUCAAGCUAAUUAUCCGGGGACAAUUAAAAAAAACUAUUCUCAGUUACAUUCUUGGGAACCCUUGCAGUUGCCCUGGCUAGGGAAAGUACAUGCCCUGAACAUGACAAUCCUCCCCCAUCUGUUAUAUUUGUUCCGCACACUUCCAGUUAACCCCCCAAUGACUACUCUAAUUAAACUACAGUCUCAAUGCCUAAAAUUUGUAUGGGGUGUUAAACGAUCUAGGCUGAAAGCAAGCAUAGCCUACAGUAGUAGGACUAAAAGCGGCUUGGGAAUUCCAAGUCUCAGGGCCUAUUAUAUUGCAGCCCAGCUGGCUCAGAUGGUGGAAUGGCAUACCCAGAAUACUUCCCCUCUCUGGACACAGUUAGAACAAAGCUCUGUGGGGGACACCCUCCUCAGUAAUUUUAUGUGGAUUGGGGCCUCCCCUGACCCCACUUAUUGCCCCACAGUAAACCAUUCCCUACAAGUGUGGAAGUCUACUUCUAAUAAAUACCCCAUAGUAUCUACCCAUCGGCCAGCAUUAUCUUUACGGAACAACCCUGGCUUCCCCCCGGGCAGGGAGGGCGGUGCCUUCUCUUGGUGGCAGGAAAAUAACCUUCUAGCCCUACAUCAGCUCACCCGAGAUAUGUUUGUCUUACCAAACCCUACGAGAGAAAUUCCAUAUGCCUACUGCUGAAUCAUUUAGAUAUGCCCAAAUACGCCACUAUUUCCUCUCCCUUACGGGGAACAAGUUACGGGACUUACCCACACUCACAAUAUUUGAACGCUUAUGCCUGCACUCCAUCCCAUAUAAAGGGGCCAUAUCUAGAAUUACGAAAUCUUAAUACACCAAAUGCCCGUUAAAGAUUUGAAUUUUGUUAGACAGUGGGAGCAAGACCUGCGUCUCUGCUUGGAGGAGGAUGCUUGGCUGGACAUGAUGCGGGACAUGACUAGGUGUUCCCCAAGUAUUAGUACAAGAAACUUCUCAAAAAGUGGUUACUAGGUGGUACUUAGUUCCCGAAAAGCUUUCGAAAUGGUACCCCUCCAAUAGCUUUAGGGGUUGUGGGCAGACUGGCUCGUUGAUUCAUAUUUGGUGGCAUUGUCCCAAGGCAAUAACUAGCAUCACUGGGCUUAUACUUAGGAAAUCCCCUUUGGAAGCCCUGCUACAUGGGCGAGUGCCAGGUGGGAACAAAUGGGUUCGGCAACUUGUAGGCUGUAUAUUUACAGCAGCCAAACAGACAAUUGCCAAGGCUUGGAAAGCCAAUUCACUAGACUUACAGGAGGUGAAACACAGACUGGAUAACUAUUUGGCUAUGGAAAGGCUCUCCUCUAUUGCCAAGGGUGACUUGCGCUCUUGUAAUAAAAUCUGGGGCCCCUGGGUUCAAUAUAGAGGUCUAUCAGCAAUAGGUUAGAUUACGGGUACGAAGGGAGAACAGCGCCCUAGGUUUGCUAUUUUUCCCCAAAACACACCUAUAUUCUUAUGUGAUCAUAUUCUUCACCGAGUAUGCACCCCCCUACGGAUACAUUUCUUUGGUUACUGUUUUACCACUUAUGUCUAUUCUUUUCUGUUUAACUACUAUUGGCGUUCUAUUUUCCUUUUUGCCAAACAAUAAUUGUAAUCUGUAUCUUUGCAUUAUUGAUACUGCUUUUUACAUGCAACACAUUACUUACUGUAAGAGUACUCAUGGAAAAUAGGAAAAGCGGUUGUAUUUUGAUUUUCUUCUAUUUCUUUUUUGUAAAACAAAAUAAAAAUAUUUUUAAAAAAA